UCACAUGUUUACUUGUUUAGAUUUUGAUUCCAAUCAUUUUGAAAGGGAAAUUGUUUACAAUUAAAUUUAGUUAAUUCAAUUAUUUGCUUUCUAUUGACUGGUAAUUAUCUUACACUUGUGGUUUUAAAGCAAAGAGACUUUGGUAAGAAAAGCAAUCGAUUGAUUUUAAUAAAACUAAAAUGGCGAUGCCUCCAGGAUCUGCUGACUUUAAUUCACCUUCAACCCAGAUGAGAUUAUUCAAAGAGUAUAUGAUUGAUUUUAAUCGAUUGGCUGAACAAUGUUUCAAUGAUUGUAUCUUCGAUUUCACCCAACGUAAAAUGACAUCAAAGGAGGAAAAGUGUGAAGAUAAUUGUGUUCAAAAGUAUUUCAAAGUUAAUCAAAGGUUAAGUAAACGUUUCUAUGAGAUCCACGCUGUUGAGAAUCCAUUGGACAAGGCAACCGCUUAAAAGACCAGCCCCUUAAGCGUUUCUCACAUGUUCCUCCACGUGUUUUACCUUCAUUAUAUUUUCUAGUUUAAUUAAUUAGUUACAAAGACAUUUAAUUGUUCCAGUGAAAUACAAUUUGUACCAUUUUAUUGGACCAUUACAAGAACAUUAGACAAUUUUUCACCUUUA